UCGAGCGAACGCAUUGCUGUUUCUUCUGCUUGCGACCUACCUACUAGUUUUCUCUCUCUUCGGAACUUCUCGCCGGCGGCGAUCGAGGCGAUUGGAAUCUGACCGGAGAAUAAUCGGUCAGUGGAAAGCGUCUCUUUGUUAAGAGAAGAUGAAGAUUUUUGUCAAAACUCUAAAGGGUACGCACUUCGAGAUCGAAGUGAAACCUGAGGAUACGGUUGCUGACGUGAAGAAGAAUAUAGAGACGGUGCAAAGCCCCGAUGUAUAUCCUGCUGCACAACAGAUGCUUAUUCACCAAGGGAAAGUUCUGAAAGAUGAAACCACAAUGGAGGAGAACAAAGUUGCUGAGAACAGUUUUAUUGUCAUCAUGUUGUCCAAGAGUAAACCAGCAUCAAGCGGGUCCUCAACUGCAUCUUCUGCGCCUACAUUUCAAGCUCCUCCUGUACCCCCUGCAUCAACUCAGCCUCUGAUUCCUGUAGCAACACCACAACCUACACCCGCGACAGCACCUGCACCUGCACCUGCACCAGCACCUGCACCUGCACCUGCACCUGCACCUGCACCUGCACCUGCACCUGCACCUGCACCUGCAACUGCAACUGCACCUUCUUCGGCUCCAGCUGCAUCUGAGACUGAUGUUUAUGGACAAGCAGCAUCAAAUCUGGUCGCUGGAAGUAACUUAGAGGCCAUCAUUCAGCAGAUUCUUGAUAUGGGCGGAGGAAGCUGGGACCGUGACACUGUUGUCCGUGCUCUCCGUGCUGCGUAUAACAACCCUGAAAGAGCUGUGGAAUAUCUAUACUCUGGGAUACCUGAGCAAGCAGAAGUUCCACCAGUUACUCGUCCCCCGGCUAGUGGUGGUCAGCCGACAAAUCCUCCGGCACAGUCUCAGCAACAACCCGCAGUGGCACCCACAAGUGGUCCUAAUGCUAACCCGUUAGAUCUCUUCCCGCAGGGUCUGCCUAAUGUUGGAUCAAAUACUGGUGCUGGCACACUUGAUUUCCUGCGCAACAGCCAACAGUUCCAAGCUCUUCGUGCGAUGGUGCAAGCAAAUCCUCAAAUCCUACAGCCUAUGCUACAGGAGCUGGGGAAGCAGAAUCCGCACUUGAUGAGGCUGAUUCAAGAGCAUCAGGCCGACUUCUUACGCCUUAUAAACGAACCCGUUGAAGGGGGAGAAGGGGGAAACAUAAUCAACCAAUUGGCGGGAGGAGUGCCGCAGGCGAUACAAGUAACGCCAGAGGAACGUGAAGCAAUCGAACGGCUGGAGGCAAUGGGAUUCGACAGAGCGCUGGUGUUGGAGGUGUUCUUCGCGUGCAACAAGAACGAAGAGUUGGCUGCUAACUAUCUUCUCGAUCACAUUCACGAGUUCGACGAAUAACCCAAACCCCACCACUCUUGUCUCUCUCUACUCUCUCCUCUCCUUUUAUGUAAAACAAUGUUUGGUCGUCUUUGUUUGGGGUACUCUGAUAUAUGUUCCGUGUUCCAGACAUGUUUCAUGGACGAGACACACUCAAUGUAAAGACUUUUUAGACCAAACGCGUUAUUCUGUUUCA